CCCUGCUGCUUCUGUACAUGCGGCUGCAUACACGCUUGAAACACUGACAAGCCUGAAGGCUGCAGGCACCGGCAGGAUGGAGCAGGCACCAGGACGUUGUUCAACCACCAAGCUGGCUGUGCCCGUGUCGAUCUGCUGGGACAGAGCAUCCUAAAGAGCUCUGUGAGGGGAAGAGACCAGAGCAAAGUCCAGGAGAAUGAAGAGACGCAAGUGUCCCAACAAAUGUCCCUCACGAAGGAAGAUCCUGAUCCUGUGUGUUACAGGGUGGCUGAUUGCACUGCUGAAGCUCCUCCAUGUCGAAAGACACUUCUUUCCCUCUAAGGGCAUUUAUUUGGUUGAGCACUUCUUGAGCACUUCUUCUUAUGUUAGAAACAGAUAUACCUACCUUAGAAAUGAGUUCCAGUAUGAAAUUAAUUGUUCAUCUAUAUAUGAACAAGAUCCUUCUGAAAUUGGCAAGAGUUUGGAGAUAAGAAGAAAAGAGAUAAUUGAUUUAGCUGAUGAAGAUAUUAUAGCAAUAACGAGUGAUUGCCAUGUGUAUCGUGCACUUAGGAAAUACCACCUAAAACCUGUUUCUCCAGAGGAGGAGAGUUUUCCAAUCGCCUAUUCUUUGGUUGUUCACAAAGAUGCAGUAAUGGUAGAAAGGCUCAUAAAUUCACUAUACAGUCAUCAAAAUAUUUACUGCAUCCAUUAUGACCAAAAAGCAGCAAAAAGUUUCAAAUCUGCUAUGGACAACCUAGCUAAAUGUUUCCCCAAUAUUUUCAUUGCAUCAAAAUUGGAGACAGUGGACUAUGCACAUAUUUCACGGCUGCAAGCAGAUUUAAAUUGUUUGUCUGACUUGUUCGAUUCUUCAGUUCCCUGGAAGUACGUUAUUAAUUUGUGUGGCCAAGAUUUCCCUUUGAGAUCAAAUUUUGAGUUGGUCGCUGAACUAAAGAGACUCAGUGGAGGAAACAUGCUGGAAACUAUAAAGCCAAGCAGUAGCAAAAGAGAACGAUUUACUUACCACUAUGAACUUAUGAAAGUGCCUUAUGAAUAUAUGCAGAUGCCUGUAAAAACCAACAUUUCCAAGAAUCCGCCACCUCAUAAUAUUGAGGUAUUUGUAGGUAGUGCCUAUUUUGUUUUAAGCCGAGCAUUUAUCCAAUAUACCCUUGAAAGCUCCCUUGCAAAAGAUUUUUUUGAGUGGUCAAGGGAUACAUACUCUCCAGAUGAACAUUUCUGGGCCACUCUUGUACGUGUUCCUGGGGUCCCUGGGGAAGUUCCCCGGUCAUCCGAGGACAUAACAGACCUACAAAGCAAAACUCGUCUGGUGAAAUGGAAUUAUCUUGAAGAUCACCUGUAUCCUCCCUGCACUGGUACCCACCUUCGCAGUGUCUGCAUCUAUGGGGCCGCAGAAUUAAGAUGGCUUCUGAAUUAUGGGCACUGGUUUGCCAACAAGUUUGACUCCAAAGUAGACCCUGUCCUGCUAAAAUGCUUGGCAGAAAAACUGGCAGAGCAACAGAAAGAGUGGGUAUAUCUGUCGUCUGAUAAGUACUUUCUGCACAUAAAUUCUGUGAAUGCCUCCUUAUAGCAGCACAGUCUUCCCUGCUGUCAGUACUGUGAACUGUUGUGGCACAGCGCCUGCAGUUCCUCUGCCUUGGCAUGCUGCAGGAUGUUAGUGAGCAAAAUACCCAUUCUGCAGAAAGCUCAGGGCCCUGGAGAGCCAGGUGCCUGCCCAUUUAUUUAUGAAAAGUCAUGCCUCUCUGAUUAACCGUUUUGUAACUUGCCACAGUUAUCCUGUAAUUGUUCUUCAGGGUGAUUCUGAGAGGGUGAGGUUUGGUUUUGGAGGCUGGCGCUGUCUGUCCUAGUGGAGUAUUUCAGAAACGUGUUUUACAUCGAGUGUGUUUGCAUCUUUCCUAAGAAACUCCCAAUGUGUCUGUCUGUCUGUCCCCUUUUCCUACACUUUUGUUUUUAUUUAAAGGUGUGAAACAAAGACCUCUGUAUCUGCUACCUCAGGAAAACUGGAAGUGCCCAGCUCACAGACAAAACCAAGAGAUCAGCAUGACACCAAAUGAGCCGUGUGGCCUCACCUGAAGUCCCAAACUUCUCAUCUAUGGGAGCUAACAAAGAUCUUUGCAAUGUGAAUAUGACUGGAUGAUAUAAGGGAAAGAUCCCUAGAUAACGCGUUGUCUGUAGCAUUGUUCUCUUCUCGCAGCUCAACUGUGCAUUGUUUUUCCUUGUGUGAAGCGUGUGCUCAGGUUCCGUGCCAUGCCUAUGAAAUCAGUGGUGGCUGAUUGAAACAGAAUUCUGCACUGUUGCUCUUCAAAGGCAGUAUAUGAAUGUGCCCUAAGGGCAGUCUCUGCAGCCCCUUAGAGUGGAUAUCCAUGCCAAAAGAGGUUGAUCUUUAUUUCUAGCUCUGCCUGUAAAGAUAUCCUCCUGUGAAAUCCCAGUCCUCUUGAGACAGUACGUCUUACACACAGUGGAUAACAAGUGCUCGUUCCAGUCAGCGUUCAGCAAUGUGGUGCUAUAUUGAAAUGCAAAACACGCGAAGUCGAGCGGUAAUCGUUAAGAAUAGCCAUAUUGCAGAAAUGAAGGCCCUGUGUAGACGUGUUUCUCUGUGCAAGUCUCUUGGCCUUGUGCCACCGCGAUCCCAGGCUGGUGGGUGCCGGGGCAAGCCCUGGUUCAGCUGUAGAGCAACUGUUCUCCAACAGCCUCUGCUUUCCAUGGCCUUGCCUGGCCUCCUGGUAGCAAAGUCUCCCAGGAGUGUCCUCGCAGCUGGGCUGUCCAUGCUACAGCAUGAGGGAAGUGUUGGUUACUGCAGGGGUCUCUGCAGAAACUCUUGCAACUCAGAAAUGCUUCUUGGCAUUUUGGGGGUUUCUGGAACAUUGCUCUGCCACAAGUUUGGGUUCAGUGGUUCCAGUGGACCUUGGGGUCUAGCUUGCACCAUGCCGCUGUCCUCUUUCUGCCCAUCUGACUUUCUUUUAAGGGCCUCUUCCCACAAGUGUCUUUGGGAAAUCUGGUCUUAUUGAUCCACAAAUUGCUGCAAUAACAACCAUGUCUCAUACCUAUGAGAAAUCUUUGUUCUUAUUUGAGUUGAAAGAACGAAGUAAUUUUUUGGUCUCUGCUUUUGUUUAUAAAUUUAGUCAUGGUCAAGUAAUGUGUGGCUUAAGAUGGGGUUUGAGAGUCAGGACUCGUGGGGGUUUUUCCCCGUUUACGACACUGAUUUCCUAUGAGACCUUGGAGGAGUCAUCUUGAGUUUUCUGUUUCAGCUGUUCCAGCUGUAAAAUGGGAAAAACAAUGUUCUAUUAUCUUGCUAAGCACUUCAAAACCUUUGGAUGUUGUUGGUUGAUUGCACAGUACUAGUUACAUAUCAAACUGUUUAUGCAGUCCGUGGACACACAAGUCAGGUAUUUCUUUGAUGUACUGUCUCUGAAAUAA